AGUCCCUUGCUGCUGAGCCUGUUUCCGGUAGAGUCUCGGGUGGCUGAAACUGUGUUAACAGCGUUGUGUAUUGAGCUUUUCCAGGUGUGAACGGACAUGGCGGCGGCUUUUCGGAAGGCGGCUAAAUCCCAGCAGCGGGAACACCGAGAACGAAGCCAGCCUGGCUUUCGAAAACGUCUGGGCCUUCUGGAGAAAAAGAAAGAUUACAAACUUCGUGCAAAUGACUACCGGAAAAAGCAGGACUACCUAAGAGCUCUCCGGAAGAAAGCUCUUGAAAAAAAUCCAGAUGAAUUCUACUAUAAAAUGACUCGGGUUAAACUCCAGGAUGGAGUUCAUGUUAUUAAGGAGACUAAGGAAGAAGCAACUCCAGAACAGUUGAAGCUGAUGAGAACUCAGGAUGUCAAGUAUAUAGAAAUGAAAAGAGUUGCUGAAGCUAAGAAAAUUGAAAGACUAAAAUCAGAGCUCCAUCUGCUGGAUUUCCAGGGGAAGCAACAGAAUAAGCAUAUAUUUUUUUUUGACACCAAAAAGGAAGUUGAACAGUUUGAUGUUGCAACUCACCUGCGAACAGCCCCAGAACUAGUUGACAGAGUCUUUAAUAGACCUACAAUAGAGACUUUGCAGAAGAAGAAAGUGGAAGGAGUUACUCAUGAACGUCGACUUAAGCGGAUAGCUAAAGAAAGAGAACGUCAGUAUAACUGCCUGACACAGCGGAUUGAACGGGAGAAAAAGCUGUUUGUUGUUGCUCAGAAAAUUCAAACACGCAAAGAUCUUCUGGAUAAAACUCAGAAAGUGAAGGUGAAGAAAGAAACAGUGAACUCCCCAGCUAUUUACAAAUUUGAGAGUCGUCGGAAACGUUGAAUAUUGUAAUAAUAAGCCUUGUCAUUCAUUCCACAUGGAAAAGAAUCUUGUUAUUUGUUUAUUUGUUUUUUUCUUUUUUUCCCCCCUUUCUUCCAAGUACUUCAAUUUCCAUUAAUCUAAAUGGUCUGGUUUUCUUUCCUCUUUGUAUAGUAGAUCUGACAUUUAUGUCUUUCAUUGACAUAAUAUUAAACUGACAUAAUAAUAUUAAA